AUGACCGAACCAACUCCACCAAUUGAGACCAGCCUUACCAGCGGCGCAGCGCCACAAUCCCAGGCCCCGGGACCUGGCUCUGGCACUGCUGACAGGACUGCCUGGGAGCGGGUGCAUCUGCCGCGCAUUGCAAUCAAGUUCUGCACGCAGUGCAGAUGGAUGCUCCGAGCUGCAUAUUUUGCCCAAGAACUCCUUUCGACCUUCAACACUGACCUUGGAGAAGUCGCCCUAGUUCCGAUGACUGGUGGAGUCUUCAUAGUGACAAUGUGGUAUGCUGGCCCGGAAACUGCACUGGGAGAGGUCUCGACACAGGAGACUAUUCUUUGGGAUCGUAAGCGGGAUGGAGGAUUUCCAGAGGUGAAAGUACUCAAGUCUCUUGUCCGGAACAUUAUUUCCCCAGACCGCGAUUUAGGCCAUACGGAUCGGGCCCUGCAAAAGCAAGCGGAAGAGCGACAAGAGAAGAAGAUAGAAAGCCCUGGAGGUCAGGGAAAUAAGAAAGAUUGCGAGGACUGUAAAUGA